CAGCUGGUGCAAAUAAAAAGUUCGAAGGAGGAAGUAGGAAGUCGUUUACGAACAAACCAAGCACAAAGAGGAGAAAUUGACAAUUUAAGACAUAAGACAAUGGCGGGUAUUAAAGCGCUGGUUGGCUUGUCCUUCAGUGGAGCUAUUGGCUUGACUUUCCUGCUGUUGGGCUGUGCACUGGAGCAGUAUGGGGUGUACUGGCCUCUCUUCGUCCUCAUCUUCUACAUACUGUCUCCUAUCCCCACCUUCAUAUCCAGAAGGCUCAGUGAUGACAGUGAUGCAGCCAGCAACGCAUGCAGAGAGCUGGCAUGCUUCUUCACGACGGGCAUUGUGGUGUCUGCGUUCGGGCUUCCCAUCAUACUGGCCCGGGUUGCAUUAAUCCAGUGGGGGGCCUGUGGCCUGGUGAUGGCUGGCAACGCUGUCAUCUUCGUGACCAUCCUGGGCUUCUUCUUGGUGUUCGGCGGGGGAGACGACUUCAGCUGGGAGCAGUGGUAGACCGUCUGGAUCUCUGGCACCAUCCCAAAUGGACCCCUAGACCCUACGCCCUAUGGAUUUGACCGGUGCAAGCAAUAUGGUAGUAGCUUCACCCUGCCCUCUGAUAGGCUAGGUGGAAGUUUCACCAUAUUGUUUAAACCAAUCAAAUCUACUCUGAUCUCUAAAAGUGCAUAGGGUGUAGGGUCUAGGGAUGGAUUGGGACACAGAGACGGAGGGAGUCAGUCAUUCCUGUUAUUAACAACAAGGUUACAGUGGUGGACGACAGAUAUGAUAAACCAAAAAGCUACUACGGCCUAACGUCGCUACUAACUGACGUUUUAAGAAGCUGAUGCUGACUAUUUAAUGUCCUAUGAGAAAGGUGCCACCCCCUCCUGGUUAGUGAGGAGGGGGUGGCACUCCUGGUUAGUGAGGAGGGGGUGGCACUCCUGGUUAGUGAGGAGGGGGUGGCACUCCUGGUUAGUGAGGAGGGGGUGGCACUAAACAGGGUGUCUGGGAUGUUAAUGGACACUGCGAUGUCUGUCCUUUUUUUUCCUCCACAGAUACCUGAUCAGUUUUUCUUAUAGUAUUCGCUCCAAUAUUCUCUUCAACCUUUUUUUUGCCUUACCUGUCCCCUAUGCUGAGGGAGAGUCAUUGAAAACCAGUGUCCUGUCCAGCCCCCCCCCCCCCCUCCCCCCUCCCUAGGAACUUGUUGAUCUCAGUGAGAAGACUGGAUAGGUGUAAGCAUGUGGUGAAAUAUCACCAAUGGGAAAUGUUCUUUUAACAUCUACACAAGUGUCUAGGGCUAGAGUGGUUGUUUCUGGAAAAGGCCCACCUCUCUACAUUCAUAUCUAUAAAGCCAGAUGCUAGUUUAAGGAUAAUAAUAACUUGUAUGUGUGUUAUGAGGGAUACUGUUGAAUGAUUUUUGUUGUAAUCACCACUACGCCGUCUGUGUCCACUUCAUUUAGGGAGUAUUCUGUUUGUUUGUGGAAAUCUUAUUUAAGCGUAAGCAUUUCAAAUGAUCUACUCAUUCUUACAGCUGAUUGCGUGUGUACCUUAUUUUGUUUGUAUGUAUCUAUUUCAUAUGAUCACUUUGGGUAUGACUUCAUAACCAGGUCAAGGUUUCUGUUUGUAGUUUGUUGUUUUCAACAUGUUGCCCUUCUGCAAAUGUUUCCACCAAUACCAAAGGCCAUUUUAAGAAAAGAAGGUAGACAUGGUUCAUUCACCCCACUAAGGUUUCUGAUGUGUCUAAUAUUAUGAAACACACAGUUCAUAUUAAUUAGGAAAACAACAUUGUUAUGCCAUUAUAAGCUGGUUGUCUUCACUGACGACAGAGGCUAACAUAAGGGUUUGUGAAUCAUUGUCUAUAUUAGUACAGGAAUGUUGAUUUCACACAUGGAAUGUAAACACUAUAUAUUUUGUGUUUUGUAGAACAGGUCUGUUUGUGUUCAAAUGAAGUGCCCACAUUUCUAUUCACCAAAAAACUAAUUGACAAGUGCCUGUUAAAUCGAUAUUUUUUUUUACUUAAAAAAACAUUUUUAUGUCA